CACCGUGGCGCUUUGAUGGAGGUGGCGAUUCGUCGUUACCAUUUCUAGUGUAUUUCAUGAGACUGGUUUUGAUUUAACAAUAACAUCACGUACGCGGCUGAUGUCUAUAUUAUUUUCAAUAUGAGGCUGUUAUUUGUUACGUUUGGGAGCAUAAUGCUUACCAGUAUCGUGAUAGGGAAUGCUUAUCAUCAAAAGAAACAGUUUUACCCUUCUGUUGUUUAUUUGACUAAGUCGAACCCUAGUAUGGCGGUUCUAUAUGUUCAGGCAUUGGUGUUUGUUGUUCUUGCUGGGAAGCUGCUGCGAAAAUUCUUUUUUGGGCAAUUACGAGCUGCAGAAAUGGAGCAUUUGAUUGAGCGGUCUUGGUACGCAGUCACAGAGACGUGCCUGGCCUUCACCGUGUUCCGGGAUGACUUCAGUCCGCGGUUCGUUGCCAUGUUCACGCUCCUCCUAUUCCUCAAGUGUUUUCACUGGCUUGCUGAAGAUAGAGUAGAUUAUAUGGAGCGGAGUCCAAUUAUAUCUUGGGUGUUCCACAUACGAGUUGUUUCAUUGCUGAGUCUUCUAGGAGCCCUGGACAUGUAUUUUGUGCAUCACGCAUACCAUAGUACUCUGACCAAGGGAGCAUCUGUACAGCUCGUCUUCGGUUUUGAGUAUGCCAUACUGCUGACAGUAGUCAUAAACAUCUUUGUCAAGUAUGUGCUGCACACGAUAGACCUUCAGAGUGAGAAUCCUUGGGACAACAAGGCUGUCUACCUGCUGUACACAGACCUCAUGAUGGGGAUGACAAAGGUAGUUCUCUACAUGCUGUUUGUGGUCAUAAUGAUCAAAGUUCACACAUUCCCGCUGUUUGUCAUUCGGCCGAUGUAUCUCACUAUCAGAGCGUUCAAGAAAGCACUGAAUGAUGUCAUCAUGUCGAGAAGGGCCAUUCGAAACAUGAACACGCUGUAUCCGGAUGCGACUCCGGAGGAGCUGCAGGCUUCGGACAACGUGUGCAUCAUCUGCCGGGAGGAGAUGGUGAGCAGCUGUAAGAAGCUGCCCUGCAACCACAUCUUCCACAUCAGCUGCUUGCGCUCGUGGUUCCAGCGGCAGCAGACGUGCCCCACGUGCCGCAUGGACAUCCUACGAUCCCCCGCGACGGUCGCGGCAGCGGCAGCGGCGGCUGCCGCGCCUGGACCGCAGAGGGCGCCGGCGGAGCCCGCGGCGGCGCAGCAGCAGGCGGUGCCGCAGCAACUUCCGCAGAUGUUUAUGGGCGGCUUUCCUAUGUGGCCACCAAUGAACCAUCUGCAACCAGCUGGAGCAGCGGGGGCGGCGGCAGGGCCUCCACCAGGGCAGCAGCCAGAAGUGCGGGCUACAGAAGCUGAAAUGCCAGCAGGCACUAGCGCACCCACGACAACAUCGGCAGGUGGCGCGACGGGGGCGUCGCCCUCGGUGCCACCGCCACCUGGAGGUGGCUUCAUCCCUGGAGCGCCAUCUAUGUUUGGCUUCACGCCAAACAUGUUCAUGCCUUUCGGCAUGAUGCCGCCUCCGCCGGCGCCCCCUAGCUUUGCGGGUCUGACGGACGAGGAGCUACGGCGGAUGGAGGGGCAGGAGCGGCAGAACGUGGAGGCGAGGAUUCAGUGCCUGCGCAACGUGCAGACGCUGCUUGACGCAGCCGUGCUGCAGCUGCAGCAGUACACGAGCGUAGUCGGUGCAACAAGUACGGCUAGCCAUAUUACGAUUAGUCAGGCACCCACGUUCACUAGCUCAAUGACGAACACAACAAGCAAUGGGGGCGCCACCACUGGCACGACUCAGUCUAGUGGCGUUCAUCUCGCUACAGGUGCCAACACGAGUGCAGUGCAUUCUAGUCAUGAAGUCAGCGGUGAUUCCGAAGUCUCCGGCAAACUACCUGAGAGCGUUGGAGCUACAGCGGCGGCAGCGAAAGUAACAGCUAACGACGUCGCAUCCGAUUCGUCCUACGUCGGCGAGGCGAGCGCCUCGGCGUCAGCGCCCUCUGGUGGUGGAGAGGACAAGAACGAGGAGGUGCGCAGGCGUCGGCUGCAACAUUUCGAGGCAGCGCCAGCGGCCGGCGGCGAGACGGACAGCUAGCUGCACUGACCGACACAGUCGCGCGUCGCAGGCUAGAACAGCCUGGCCCAAGACAGGCACCGUCACGUCACGUCUCUUUCUUCGGGGGUGGGGUGGGGGGAGGCUCUUUCUUCAGUGUGGUGAGGUCCCUAGAGGUCGUCGUUUCCGCAUAGCUGAUUGCCGCAAGGGGCUUUGUGUCUGUGUGUGUGUGUGGUGUCGGCACGGCUGAACAUUAGGCACUGUCAUUGUGAAAUCUCCCGAUAUUGUGUAUAUUGUGAACGACUUCUCGAUCAACAGUUCACGUACCGACAUGAACUGUUGAUCGAGAAGUCGUUGCCCGCGACCGGGGCUGUCGAAGAGAGAGGACGCUGUUGUUUUUAUGUUAGUUGCAUUGCUGUAUCGUGAAAUCGGCACUGUAGCACGCGGAGAUGGCGUGCCUCUGAUAGCAAGUUAUUUAGCGGCUGCUAGCGUAUAUUAUUUACCAGUUACCCGAUGACGUGGGUGCUUGUGUAUAUCAGUUAAAUCAUCCAUGACAUCACGGCUGCGUGUGUAUAUGGCUAAUGUCACGCGAUAACAUCACGGCGACUGUACAUAAAUAUAUAUUGAAUCGCAUGCUGACAUUACACGCGCUAGUGCAUAGGGGUUACAUCAGCUGAUGUGGGAACGGGUAGUGUAUAUGGGGUUAUUAUCUGAUGCGUGACGUCCCAGCUGUUACUGCACAGUGUUUGUAUCAUAUGCUGACAUUGCAGCUCAUAGUGUAGGUACGGUUAUACCCCCAUAUGAUGUCUUCACAGCAGUGCAGUGUGAGCAAGGCGUUCUUCACAAGGCGAUGAGCAAUAUUUGGAAUGUUUGUGUUUUGGGGCUUCUGAGUACGCCAGUUUCUGUUUGUUGGAAGCCACUGGGAUGGGUCACAGACCCUUUCACCAGCUUUUGCCAAAAGCAGUCGCCAGUUUUUUGUCGAGGUUAGUUCUGACUGGUGCAGUGUGCCCUCUAAAGUCAUUGGUUGUUUUAUUCAAGUCGAGUGACGUUAUUUUGGGAACUAGGGGUCUGUUGUCAGAAACAUUAUUAAAAAACUGUCAUAAGUCUAAAUUGUCGGAACGUUUACGAGACGCUCCACGUCGGAAGUUAUUACAUUUUAGACUCGUAAUGUCGUAACUAUUUGUUAUGUUUCUGACAACGUGCCAGUGGUGUAUAAACAGUAUAAAGGUCUGUUAUUGCAACGGAAAUGAAACCGAUAAUAUGUGUGCAUAGAGAUUACAGCGAAUUGCAGGAAAAUCAGCCGAGUUUUUGAUUAAGCAGUGUCUGUAACGUAACUAGGGGUGACAUUAGCGUGUGUCGUACGCGAGAGAAACGCUGAUAUGCUGGUGGGUUCUUAAUAAAGGUAUGUUCUCACCUA